AUGACAAAGAAAUCAUCAUUGCCGCCAGCUCUUCUUCCACAACCAAGACGACAUGUCAUCUGGUUUGGAUGGAAGCUAGUGAUCUUCCUCUCAAUUGGGCUCUGUGUUUUUGCUCUUUUUAGACUCCAUCUCGCUUCUCCUCCUGAAACUUUACUUUCUCGUAGAAGAUCUUCAAUUUCUCGUCAAGUUGUCAUCUUCGAUGGCCCACCUAAAAUCGCGUUCCUUUUUCUCGUUAGACGGGGCUUGCCUCUUGAUUUUCUCUGGGGAAGCUUCUUCGAGAAUGCUGACACAGCAAAUUUUUCGAUAUUUGUACACUCAGAGCCAGGGUUUGAGUUUGAUGAGUCAACAACACGGUCACAUUUCUUUUAUGGUCGACAAUUGAAGAACAGUAUUCAGGUAAUAUGGGGGGAAUCAAGUAUGAUAGAAGCAGAAAGGUUGCUACUUGACGCCGCUUUAGAGGAUCCCGCAAAUCAAAGAUUUGUUCUUCUCUCUGAUAGUUGUGUGCCUCUUUACAACUUUAGCUAUAUAUACAGCUAUUUGAUGGCUUCUCCUAGGAGUUUUGUGGACAGCUUUCUUGAUGCGAAGGAAGGCCGCCACCAUCCUAAGAUGUCACCAGUUAUACCAAAGAACAAAUGGCGAAAAGGGUCCCAGUGGAUAACUUUAAUCCGGAGCCAUGCAGAAGUGAUUGUAGAUGAUGAUGUCAUCUUACCAGUCUUUAAGAAACUUUGCAAGCGACGGCCACCUGUUGAUGCCAGUAAGGGAAAGCUGAAUCUCAAACUUCAGAAGCAGCAUAACUGUAUUCCUGAUGAACACUAUGUGCAGACAUUGCUUUCGAUGAGUGGGCUGGAAGGUGAACUUGAAAGAAGGACCGUAACCUAUACUGUAUGGAAUCAUUCUGCAACAAAAAUGGAAAAUAAAGGCUGGCAUCCUAUGACAUUUUCUUAUGCAAAUGCAAGCCCUAAGAAAAUCAAGGAAAUAAAGGGCAUCAACCAUGUAUACUAUGAGACCGAGUACCGAACAGAAUGGUGUCGAACGAACUCAACAUUGGUUCCGUGUUUUUUAUUUGCAAGAAAGUUUUCCCGUGGAGCUGCCAUGCGCCUAUUGAGUGACGGGGUGGUUGGGCCAUUUGAUGCCUCUUUGCUAUUAACCAGGUCCCUCUGA